AUGCUAUUAACAACUCGUGAUGCGCAACUCGAGAGACGAUCAUCGUAUAUUUUCGCAGCAGCUGCUACAGCUGAGAGAUUAAGUCUUGCUGGUAUAGAUAAUCCUAGUCUUCAAGCAGAUUCAAUAUCCAAUAGUUAUGUAUCUAACAUAUUAUCACAUGUGCAAUCACAGGUCCAAAUUCAACCACAGCAAUUAUCAACAAUUCCUAACAUUGUAGGAGAUGAAGCAACGAAUAAUGAUGCAAAACAAUCGUCAGGUUCAAAUAAUAGACGAUAUCGUUGGAGAAUGAGCUAUUAUUUUUAUAUUCAUAUGGGUUGGUUUAUAGUCUGUGCAUUAUUGGGUGGUUUGAUUGUUUGGCUUAUUGAAAAUUAUUCAUCUUCACGUAAUCUUCAAAUGAAAGUCGAAUAUAUUGAUGCAUGGUUUGUUAGUAGUUCAUGUGUAUCUAGUUGUGGUUUGACAACAUUAGAUUUUGCAAAACUUUCACAAGCAUCUCAAAUAGUUCUAAUGUUUUUUACGUUUAUAUCAGGUGUUACAAUAAGUACAUUACCAGCAUUAGUUGUUAAAGCUCAAACACACAGAAGAGUUGAAGGAAUAACAGUGGAUGAUGAUCAUGGAGCAUUAGAUGAUGAAAAUAAUGAUGAAUUACCAACGAUUAAUAUUCGACGUAGAAGAAAUUUACCAGAACAUAUUCGAAAUCGACUUGCAACAUUACCAAAUGCACGACAACUUCGUUAUCGUGCUUAUUUAACAUGUAUUGCUCUUAUUCUUGCUACUUGUUUUACUAUUUAUACAAUAAUAUUUAUUGCUAUUGGUGGUUGGAUACAAACACAUUAUACUUCUGAACAAUUAUCACAAGGAAAUUCAAGUAUUAAUCCAUGGUAUAUAUCAUUUAUUGUAACUGUAACAGGUUUUAAUCAAAAUGGAUUAUCACCAUUUUCAGAUGGUCUUUCACGUUUUGUUCGUGAUAUUUAUCUCAAUUUAUUUAUUAUGCUAUUAGUUAUAAGUGGAACAUCACUUUUUCCUUUUAUAUUACGAAAUGUAGUUAUGUUGGUACGUUAUUUAUCACCAUGGCGUCAUAAAGUUAUAUUUGAUUAUAUUCUUUUGAAUAAUCAUCGUUUAUCUACUUUACUUUUUCCUGCUGUACAAACUCGUAUUUAUCUCUUCGUAACAAUAUUAUUACAUAUAUUGGGUGUUAGUAUAUCACUUAUACUCGAUUUAAAAAGUGAACAUUUUGCUAUUUAUCCAUCAGGUAUACGUUUUCUUAUAUUUAUAUUUCAAACAGUAAAUACACGUUUUGCUGAACUUAUUUAUGAAUAUCAAAAAACAACAUCAGAUGUUAAUGGUAUUAAUCGUAUGAGAUCUGAAGAAUUAGUGACACAAUUUUAA